CAACGCCUCUCGUGUCUCUCUGCCACCCAGACAUUUGUCCCCUCCUCCUUCCAGUGCCCACAAUCAUCAUAUGAUUUGAUUCACAGCCUCUCGAAAUUGCCAUACAUUCCAAAGUCACUUCUCAAAUCAGUUUCACAUUGAAUUCUGCGUCGAGGUGCAGAUAUAAACAUUUGCUGCUUAGACUGUACUUUUGGGUGUCUUUGCCUUUUGCAAUAGUGAAAUAAACAAACCUCCCAGCGCGAGGGUGGCUCAAAAAUAUGGAUGGUGUGCUUUUUUUGAUAAUAAUUCCCACAGAGAAGGAGGAGGAGAAUCUCAGUGAGAAGAAAGUGUCCUUCUUCAGCAAGGACUCCUUCACACCUGAAGAUCACAAGAAUACUAAAAAAUCUGAAAAUGCUGCAAAAGGCCACACAGAGGCUGAAGACAACGCCACAGAAUCUUCACCGACGGACAAAUUGCUCAAUAAACACGAAAAAGCGACAAUAAUUCCCGCGCAGAACAGAAAUGAGCGAUUGCGCGAAGUUGUGCUUCAGAAGGCGAGCCAAGAGGCAACGAAGGACACUCACGAGCUCAAUAUUCCGCCAGAAUCCUCAAUGGAGCGCGUCCUUGAGGAAAUAAUUGCCAGAGGGAAGAUUUCCGGAGCCGCCUGGACGGAGGUUCGCAAAAGCCAAAAGUGGCAGAUCAUUUUCACACUGGAGAAUGGACACAGGUGCGAUCGGGUCACGCAGUGGCUGAGCGAGUGGGGCAUCGGCUAUCGUGAGGGCUCCACCAUCACGCUCACGCCCUGCACCGUGCACGACUUUGCGGCGGAUGCCGCGAGUCGGACGGCCUCGCAGACGGAUCUGGAGCACAAGGAGGGCAUCUGGGAGAGAUUCGUGGCUUCGGUCACGGCUCGCCUCAAUGUCGCGCAACUGGUGGAUCAAGUGAGGGUCAAUGCAGAGAUUCGAUUCGAUUUCGUCACACUUAUCGUCGUGGCCGCCCUCCUCGCAGGAUUCGGCCUGGUGGAGAACAAUUCCCUUUUCCUGGCAGCCAGCAUGCUCAUCUCUCCUUUGAUGGGCCCCAUCGUGGCGGCGACAUUCGGAACAGUGAUCAAGGAUCGAAACCUGACGAAGUUAGGAGUCACGAAUGAACUUCUAGGGAUUCUCCUUAGCAUUCUGGUGGGAUUUUCCUUUGGUCUGAUUGUGUGCAUUUUCGACGGAUACUAUGGGCUCCAGAAGGGAUUAACGCCGGAAAUGUUGAGCCGAUGUGAGCUCCACUCUCUUGUUGUGGGCAUCUUGAUUGCUCUGCCUUCGGGAGCGGCUGUGGCGAUAGGGAUUCUGGGCGAGAAUGCUGGCUCACUGGCUGGAGUGGCGAUUUCGGCGUCCCUCUUGCCGCCAGCUGUCAACUCUGGGUUUCUGUGGGCCGUGGCGGCGUUCUACAAUCUGUUCGGCCAGGAGUCCGACACCAGAUUCAGAGACCUCGUGAAGACAUCUCAGUACUCAAGUCACCAGUUUACGGAACUGAUCCUGCAGGCCACAGUCAGCCUCGGCGUGACUCUCACCAAUGUCAUCUCCAUCUAUUUAAUGGGCGUCUUCAUCCUGCGGAUCAAGGAAGUCGCUCCCAUGGUCACGAAAACGCACACACACUUCUGGAAGCACGACGUCAAGAUUGCCAGAGACUACAACAAGACCUGCCAAUUUGACGAUGCCGAGUCCCUCAGGCAGAACCUCGAACGCGAAAUUGACGGCUUCGAAGCGCACUCAGAGAAUCACGGAAGCGAUGUGCGGGCGGAGAUCAGAAGGAGGAUGAGCAGAGGAGCGCUUAUGCCACUUAGCACUGGAAAUCAGAACACAUGGGGCGCUCUGGUGCAGCCUCCGUCCACUCGCCCCACAAUACAGGACAUUGAGGCUCUUUACCGGGACAACAUCUAUCCAAAAUUACCUGAGCGUGUCCGCAGCAGCUUCCUCAUCCCUGACACGCGCGAUGGGGCGCCGUUUUUCCGCAGAAGCUCCAUGCCGGCCGCUUCCAUUCGCACCAAAAGCACCAAGCCCAAAUUGGGCAGAAUCACAGAGAUGAACAACCAACACGACGAGCCACAAACACCCAGAGGCACGAAGAAAACUUUCACGGUACUUUCGGUGGAGAACGAAGAGAACGGGGCGAAAUAAGAGUUACAAAAGUGUGGAGAAAAGCUAUCAAGAGCGGUAAACAUACAAAAUGAUGGCGCCGCGGCGGAUUGGCCAAAAUACAGAAAAAACUGUAAGGUGCGAAAACAUCGAAUUUUUAAUGCAUUCAUCAAAUUGGUAAUGAAAUAAAUUGUGAAUUUUUACGGCCUUUAAAUUAUUUUACU